CAAAAAUGAACUCGCUAAUUGUUAUUUUUGGAUUGCUUUUUGUCUCAACUCAGAUAGCAGCAAAAACCGGAAUGUCCUGAAAUAUGUCCUGCAAUUUACAUGCCGGUCUGUGAAGAAGUUGUGAUAAAUGAAAAAUUGGUUACAUGUUUAUUUGGCAAUAGCUGCGAAGCAGGUCGUAGCGCCUGUCGUCAUGAAAUAAAUUGGCGCCAUCUAAACGAAAAAGAAGGAAAAUGUGAAACUUCUCCCGACCACUUAUGCCGUCAAUACCUCUAAUCUAAAAAUAUAAUUUCGAGAGUAAACAAAUUCUUUUAAUAGACUAAGUUAUGACGUUAAUUUACUUAUCAAAUUGACGUCUUUCACUGAAUAAAAUAAAGCCAAAACAUAUUUUAUUCAGUGAAAGACGUCAAUUUGAUGUGUGUCUCUACCAUGAAA